AUGAGAUUUGUUUACUCUCUCAUCACCACCCUCGCUAUUGCCAGCGUGGGCCUUGCCACUCCAGCCAAUGCUAACGACCUUCAAAAGAUUACUGCGACACCUAUCUCGAUUGCCCUCGUCCUAACGUUUUUUGGACACGCUGCUGCUGCCGCAAGUACAAUCAGCCGGACACGGAGCCUGGCUGGUGUCACGCCGUGGCUAUGUCAGGUUGUGGAAUUAUAG